AUGAUUGGACUUGAAAGGAAAACAAAGAAAAUGGUUGCACAUGAUGGUGGCUAUAAUGUUUGGCCACCAACAGAAGCUCCAUUGUUGAAUGUGCAAAGAGAGGAUCAACACUGGAGGCAUUUUGACAAUUCAGUUAAUGCUGUGUCUUUCGGGUUUGUGGCUACUGCCAUUCUCAUUUCAAUGUUCUUGGUUAUGGCCAUCUUUGAAAGGUUUCUUAGACCCACUUCAGGUAGAGGUGGCCAUGGCGAUCUUGAGUCUCAAAUGGGGUUCAAUUCCAAGCUUGGCCACCCUUCACCGAAAGUAAGUGAAUCCCUUUUGUCCUUUAUGCUUGCAUUUAACGUUUUUGUUCAAGAAUUACAUGUUUGA